UAGUUUCGUGACGUCACUGCCGUUUGCCGGCGAAAUGUUUCCGACGCAAAACGCUGUCAUUUCGUGGCGGGAAUUUCUGACGUGCGCAUUUUGAGCAUCAUUGUGCGGUAUAUCAAAAUAUUAUAGGAGCAUUUGUUGCAUUUUAGGUUAUUCAGAAGAUCAUGUCUCAGGUUGUUGAAAAAUUGCGGGAAGUUUGCAGAUCUAGAGGAGCUAAUGGAAUUAUUGGACUUUCUCGGACUUUCCGUCUCAUGGAUGAUAACCGCGAUAGGAAGCUGCAUUUAGACGAAAUGAAACUGGGAUUGCAAGAAUAUGGAGCAAGUUUGGACGGUGAUGAAGUUGCAGAGCUUUUCAAAGAAUUGGAUAAAGAUGGUAGUGGAACCGUCAGCUUCGAAGAAUUUUUGAAGGCCGUACGACCUCCUCUUUCCCAAGAGAGAUUAGAUGUCAUAGAAAAAGCCUUCGCAAAGAUGGACAAGACAGGAGACGGAAGUGUGACUCUUGAAGACUUAAAAGGCGUAUACAAUGCCAAAGAACAUCCAGAUGUUGCCGCGGGCAAAAAGAGCGAAGACGAAGUACUACUGGAAUUCCUUCAAAGUUUUGACACGCCCAACAAGGGAGACGGAACGGUCUCUAAGCAAGAGUUUAUUGAUUAUUAUGCGGGUGUCAGCGCAUCUAUUGACUUGGACGAAUACUUUGUCACCAUGAUGGAAAAGGCGUGGCAACUCUAAGUUCCUGUUUGUGUCAUUUACGUCAGAAAGCUCUUUGUGUAGAACUUCUAUUUGAAAAUAAUGUUCAUUUUUGUCGUAUAUUAUGUAUUAAUUACAAAUUAGUUGAAUUAGUAUAAAUUAUUUUUUAUCUCUAAGCUGAAAAAUGAGAUUAUGGAUUUUCGUGUGUAUAAUCCAUGUUUUCGUUAAGCUGAGCAUCUGGAAAAGGUUAAAUCUGCAAUUGCUGUCCAGAAACAUUAACAUCAAUCUGUUAUCUGGAGCUUGUUAAAAUUCUGCAUAAUGUAGUUUACGCUUAAGCUUCGCAUUUUAAUGCUUUAUUCUUAAACAUUCCUGUCUUUAUAUACUUCUCAGUAUUAGCCUGUCUUCACGUACUUCUCAGUAUUAGUCAAGAGCUUCUUUCUUAGCCAUUGGUAAAAUAAUGGCCUUAAUUAUACUUAACUGUAAUUAUUUAUGCCAUUCAGUGUUAUUUUUUAUAUUUAUCACGUUUUUAAAGGAAAAAAUGUUUUGUUAACAGAAAAAUGUUUUUUUUUUUAAACAGAAAAAUAUUUUGUUUUUUUCCUUUCUCCUUCAAAAAAAAGUAUUACAAUACGAAUAUCUGUCAUAGAAGAAAUAUAUAUUUUUCUAAAUAGUAUUUUCUAUUUCAUUAAGUAAAUGUUACUAAAUCCUUUCCGAGAAGAACUUGGUAAAGAAUUUGUUAUUUUUAACACUUUUUGCAUAUUGUUGUUGGCAUUCUUUGAUUUGAUAAUUUAGUUUUUAAUCGGAAUAAAUUAUGUUGUAAUACUUGAUUUGUAUAGCAUCACUGCUAUUAAAAUAGUUUAAUUAAAAAAGGGUAAAAUAAAAUAUUAAAUUUUUGGUCUACUUAA